UUUUCGCUGUUCACCAUCAUGGCUUGCUAUUCAGCGCCGUCGUGCGCUGUCAUUUGUGCUUGGGCGGCCCAUUCGGCAUUUCGUGCAAUGUAACGGCAAUCGUACGAUUCAGUUGGUAACGACUUUUCCGUGCGUUUAGACGUGUUUUCGUGCGAGCUACUCAGAAACGGCCUUCGCGUGUUUUUCAGUUUAUUGCGCCAUCCGAUUAUUCGCGCAUCAACUUAGAAUUUAGCGCAGCAGGAAGGCAAAUACGCGUGAAGUAUACGUGUUUUGAGGAAUUUCAAAUCUGUAAAUUGUAAAUACGAAUAUGAUUUUUACGAUUCCGAUGAUGCGAAUUUAAUGUGAAAACACAUAAAGUGAAACUGUUUGUAAAGUGAAUUUAAGGAAUUCAUUGAGAAUAUUAAAACAAAUAUUUUUUGCAAUCAAAGAGAGUUUAUAAAUGCGCAAGCGAUGAUCGUAAAAGAUCGUUGUUAUUGAACAAUUUGCGGUGAAUAAAUAUUAUAGUGAAGUGUGUUGUAGUGAUUUUUGUGUAAAAAUUUAUAUAAAUAAAUUAGUAAUACAAACAAAAUUGUAAUAUAAAUACUAAAUAUUUUAGAAAUAUAUAUUUUUGUGUGAGUGUGCAUAGCAAUUAUUGCUUUCAAAUGCUAUUCUAAAUGACUUAUUUUGAUUUAUUUCCAUUAAAUAAGAUUUUUUAAUCCAUUGUGUACGGUUUUUGUGCGCCGAUUGUUAUCAAUAACUGCGGUUACGCCAUAAGCAACAACAACAACAAAUUAUGCUUCGUUAAGUCGUUGAUGUAACCAACAACAACAACAGCAACAACCAUUCAUUGCCGGACAAUGCCAAGCGCGCAAACGAUGAGGUAACCCUCCCAAACAGCCACAGAGCGAGAGUAUAUCCUGCGAACGACCGAAAAAAGCAAAAAUAAAAAAGCGCAAAAAUCGAGAUCGAAGGCAGCAAAUCAUUUACGUAAACAAAUAAGUACGGAAGCACGUACCCAGAAGCCUAAUCCCAGGCGUUUGAGCAGAAAGCCGACAAAGAAUAAACAACUUCGCCUAAAAAAUACUGAGGCACACACACACACACAGACACAGAAAAGCACAAUUGCACAACGCGCUCCGGCUACGGCUUAGCUUAUACGGGCUAAGGCGCUUUAUUGCAAUAAUCCUGCGAGCGGUCGUGUACUCCAGCGCACUCUCCACAAGCACAUGCAAAAAAUAUUUAAGUUGAAAUUCCAGAAAUACAUCCAUCAGCGCAUUGGAAUUUCAUAAGGGCGGCGACAUAGCCACUCGCACACUUGUGCCUUGCAUACUUGGAAUUCCAACAAUUUCAACGUUUUUCGCUCGCCUGGUUUACCAUUAAAUUUCCAUCAUUGCGUUUUUAUAUUUUACGCCCACGUGCCCCGAGCACAAUCACCAUCAGCACCAGCUUCAGCUACAGCAGCAGCACCAGCAGCCGCACGCGCAGCAGAAGGUUGUGCUCCUGCCAUCGCCAGCGACCCAUCUCUACUCACCACACCCCACGCACAGCGUGCACACCUUCAACACCAACCCCAGCGGCCACUGUGACACCGAGACGUCGGCAUACGCGAGCAAAGCAGCCGCUCUGACGGCCGGUCACAGCUUCAGCAGCAGCAACAGCGCCGCCAGCAGUCCCACCCACAGCUACUACAAGCAUCAUACGAACGCGUCACAUUUCCUCAGCGUCGCCGACACAAUGAAGCUGUCAAAGUUGUCUAAUCAGACGAACUCGCAGGAUCCGCAGGCGGUGAAUUCGCGCAUCUUUGUGGGCAAUUUGAAUACGUUCCAGUGUUCGAAAACGGAUGUGGAACGCAUGUUUCAGAUUUAUGGUCGGUUGGCGGGCAUAUCAAUGCACAAGGGUUACGCCUUCGUUCAGUUCACAAAUCCCUUCGACGCACGCAAUGCUUGCCACGGCGAAGAUGGACGCACGGUGCUGAGUCAGACUUUGGAUGUCAAUAUGGUCGCUGAACCCAAGCCACACCAAAUUGGUAGAAAGCGACAGAAUGUCUCCAAAACAGGAAAUGACUGGGACUACUUUUACGACAGCUACUGCUCGUCGGCGCUGCUACGCUCAUCCGGUGUGCGUCCGAAGAAGCGCAAGCGUCUAAUGACAUCCACGUCGCGUUUGCUUAGCGAUGCGGUGAAUAGCAGCAAUAUAAAUGCCGCCGUUGCUGCUGCGGCACUGGCCCAACAACACCAGCAACAGCUGCAUCAACAGCAACAACAACAGCAGCAGCAACAGCAGUCCACGCACCUGUUGCCACAUCCCCACCAUCAGCAUCACGUGCAGCAGCAGCAGGCGCAUAAUCACCAUCAGCAACAACAACAACAGCAGCAACAGCAUCAGCAUCAACAGCAGGUGGCCGCCGUCGCCAUGGCUGCGAUGACAGCCAAUUUGUUGCCACAGCAACAACUGUUGCUACAUCAGCAUCAACACAGUUUGUUGGGCAAUGCCACAGCCGCUGCCGCCGCCGCCGCCGCUGCAGCGGCCACAUGCAAUGGUGUCGCGGGCGGUGCAAGUGGUGCCAAUACACCCACCAGCGCUGCACAUCACAAUCUCAGCGUUUACUUGCAACAACAACAGCAACAGCAGCAACAACAACAUCAACAGCAGCAGCAGAUCAAACAACAGCAACAAGCGGCGGCGGCAGCUGCAGCCGCUGCGGCUGUCGGUCAAUACACGCUAACCGCGACGGGUGGCUUACAAUUGAAAUCGUCCGCAUCCGUGCAGAAUGCCACAUCGGCAAUAAUUGCCGCCGCUAAUCAAACAACGCUGCUGAAUGGUGGUGGCAAUGGCUCGUCUGGUGGCGCUAGUGGUGGGGCCAAUGAGCAGUUGUCAACAACAGCCACGAACUAUGCUGCCGGCAUGGCAAAUGGCCAGUCGCAACAGCAGCACCAACAACAACAACAAUCAGCAUAUAUUGGUGGCGCUUUGCAACCGUUGACAUUGUCGCUGCCCAAUAUGCCGCAAUCACAACAACAGCAACAGCACAAGUCAUCACUUUUGCAAAAGCAAACACAACAACAGCAGCAACAGCAACCGCAACAACAACAGCUGGCGCAGCAACAAGAGCAAUUAAGUUCGAAUCAACAAUGGGGACCAUUCAAAGUUUACAGCAACCCGGACACAUUAAUUUGCGGCAAUUGCCGAGAAUGCUUCAACGAACUGGCUGAAUUAUUAGACCACAAGCGGAGUUAUUGCAAGUUGCGUUUCACUUGCAAGUGCCAGGAUGUUGCCUUUGCUGCAAAAACCCCACCGAUGAGCGCCAAACUAUUAUGUGCCGUCUGCAAGGAUGCCUUCGCCAAUCCGUGGGAUCUGAUGGUGCACGCACAGGCUGCGCACAUGGUUAACAUUUACGAAUUGGGCAAUGAGGCUAAUAACAAUUAUGCCUCGGCCGAUUGUGUGGAGGAUAUAGCUAACGCUAACAACAAUAACAGCAACAGCAAGAAUAAUGUUAACACAGUCACAACGUUGUCCACCACUGCCAACAAUAUUAGCAACACAUUCAACAAUAACAACAACAAUGUUAAUGGCAACAACAACAACAUCGCUACUGAUUUGCAGCACGCCGCGCAAUUGGCAUCGCCGUCGCAGUUUAAGCUCGAGUUGAACAACAACAACAAUAGCAAUAAUAACAAGAACAUUGCCAACAAUAAUAACAGCAUCAUCAGCAGCAACAACAACACCAACAUUGGCAAUGAAAUACAAAUGUCGCCAACAACCGAAACAUUGUCAACGGCCUCGUCCGUGGCUGGCAAAUUAGAGAGCAACAACAACAACAACAACAACAGCAAUAAUGAGCACAACAAUAUCGAUAUGUUGCUAACAAGCAAUAUGUCGGCUGGCAACAACAACGGUUUCAUUGCCAACCAAAAUGGGCUGGACGGCGGCGACGCCGAUCACUGCAUGGACGGCAAAUUUGGCAUUUGCAACAGUCCGACGGGCUCGAUUGCCAACAAGGAGGAAACACAGCACAUUGACUCCCCAUUGGAUGGUCACACUACGAUUUUGGCACACAAUCACCAAGCAGACGAUGUGAAAAUGUUGAACGGUUCGGUGUCGUCACGUGGCAGUUCGCCAGUUUUGGAGCACGAAGAACAAGAGCAGCAAAUGCAAAAGCCACAACCCGCUUGCAUUGUGCGCACACUGAGCAUUGAAGCAACGGCCACACCGAGCACAACUGGCAACUUGAUGACCAGCACACUGGCUUUAAGCCUUACAAAUGGCGUUGGCAAUGCCGCCACAGCACCAGCAGCAGCGGCGGAAAUCAAAUAAAUAACAACAACAACAUUGGCAGUAAUCGUGUGACUUAUAUAUAAAACAAACAACAGAAACACACAAACCAAAGUCAAAUUAAAACGAAUGCACAGGCGGUGCUCACAGCGGUUGCACAUGGCGUAUGAGUGACGCAGAGGACAUUAAAGCUGACUCACGGUGGUCACACAGUUUAUAUGCAGAUGUAUGUAUUUGUAUUUGUAUUGUUAUGCAAAUUUGGUGGUGAAUGAAAAAUUAACAGUAAAGUUGAUUUGUAGUUUUUCAAUUUGUCUUUGUUUUGGUUUUUCAUAAAUAUAAAAAUAUUUUUAUUCUUUUUUCUUCAAGUAAGUGAGUUGCACUACAACAACAAAAUGUUAGCACAAAUUGAAAGUAAAAAAUAAAUAAUAAUUAUUAUUAUUUUUAGCUGCCUUGGUAAUAAUUUUCAAAAAAAAUAAAAAAUUGUUACAGAAAAAAUCGAAAAGAAGAAAAAAAAAUUUGUUUCAAACAAAGAAUUAUUUAGUAUUUUUUUUUUUAAUUUUUUCUUUAAACCUCUAAAAAUUAUUUUGAUGUAAUAUUAUUCUGCUACUCGACGCAGAGUGGAAGAGUUCCAAAAAUAUAUUUUAUUCUGUUUAAAUACAGUUAUAAUAAUUAAAUAUGUUUUUAAAAUACUAAAUUAACUUGAACUAAAAACAAUUAUUUUCUUUACAAACAAUUAAAUUAUAUACUCAUUGCCGCAUGUAUGUGUGUGUAUACAGGUUAAUCAAGAAAUAUAUAUAUUAGAUGUUUACCUUAAGCUAGUCGAUAGUUGCAUAUAAUAUGCAGGAUAUAAACAUACAUAUCAUUUUAAAUUAGUUAAAACAUUUAUAUACUACCUUUAAAAUAGAUAAUUAAUUUUAAAAAAUAUAUAUGUAGGCAUAUUAUAAAUAUAUUAUACGUAGGAGUAAGAAAUACAUACCUAUAAGUAUAUAAAAAAAAAUUGAUAUAUGCAAAAAACCAAUUAUGAAAAUCAAUUAUACUAAGGCAAUUAUUAA